AUGAAUCAGCUUCAGCAUCAGCAUUAUAUCCGUUCAGGAAUGAAGUAUGAUGGAGACGGAAUUCCAAAAUUCGAUACACCUCUGAACGGUACCGUGUCCGUCAGAGAGAACAUUGCUGAUAACGAAGGAAUGAAAAUCGCAUACAGGGACAAAUGCAGUGGAGAACAAGAGCGAGUCAGGGAAUUCGCAAGUAAUUUCAAACAGCCGGAAGUGACACGUGUUGUGAACACGAAGAUUCCUUCGGCGAUUGCACCCUACCGUAACCAGAGAAGAAAAUUUAUGCAGACAUGGUGCAGCAAGAUGUCGGACUUCACUCUGUACGCACAGGCAAAUGAAGAGCAUUCGCCGGCAGUGUAUCGGGUGGUCACGACUAUGUCAAAUUUUCCACCAUUUGCUGAAGCAUUCUUCUGUUCACAAAAGUCGAAAAUGAUUAAUGAAAUGCAGUGCUCAUUAUGGUAA